CUGCUGUACUUUGCGAGCUAAAAAUGACGUUAACUUUAUAUACCAUCCUACUGUGAGCUUUCCUCGUAUGCUUUCAAACCUAACGUACACGAAGUAAGGAGUGCAUCAGCUGAGCCAUGGUUGCUGCCAGGUUUCUCUCGUUGGUUUUCCUAACAGUACUCUGCGGAGUGCGGGACGCAGUUUGUGAAGACAAAUCUACAAAUACAAAUCUGGCUCUCGAAGGCUGCGGAGAUCCCAGCACUGAAGCAACAACGAGCACACCAGUACCUACGACAACUACAACCCCACCUAAGGAUUACGCGUUAUACCGAAAGGGCGGCUGCUUGUACAAGGGGUUGAAAUCUGGACGUCAUAUGUACCCCACAAGCUGCAGGAAACUUUGCCUUAAAGGACGUCCUAGAACUCGGCUUGUGACGCGGCAACUUCCGUUCAUGACAAAGUGCUUGAAGCUCGCAGAAGAUUUUGCAGAGAGAAGCUUGAACUCCCAGCAGUGCAGAGUGGGAUAUUGCAUGUACGGAUACUGUAUGCCAACUACCAGCCGAGUCAAUUGUUACGUACCUGCUAAUAAGACCGCGCCUUCAAGUAAAGCAGAGAAAUAAAGCUAACAUUACAGCAGUCGAUCGACUGUCUCGUCUUCGUACUGCAAAGUGUUCUUUGGCAUGACUCGUUCACAGAAUAAAUAAAAUAAACCUGCAACUUCAAGUUUUCUGAUUUCAAUAAAUUUUGGUUGUUCCUCAAAACAUAA